UCGCUAAAUAGUUAAAAGUAUUCGAUUGAAAUUUGAUUAUUGUUUUGAAAAUCAAUUAAAGUUAUGCAUUUCAAGAGCGCCCUUAUUGUCUGCGCGGUUUAUUUCCUAACGUCGGCAUGGAGCAUCGAACUAAACAGUGAUCAAUUGGAAGAGUUGAAGAAAUUGUAUGAAAAUUGCAAAAAAACUACCAACGGAAUUAGCAAGGAUGAAAUCGCACACGUCGUAAAAGAAACCUUUGGAAUAGAAUGGGAAAAUCUUCAAACUAAUUUUGAAUACCAUUCAAAUCUACCCGAUUCCGUUAAUUUAAUUAAUUUAUUGUGGGCAUUGGCGGCCACAGACAACCAAACCAUCGAUAAAGUCAAGGUUAAUGCACUCAUAUCUAAUGAAGUAAGUAUUUUCCUGGAGGAGUUUGUUGCGGAAGCCGAAUUGCAUAAGCAACGCGGAUAUAUUAAUCUUCAACAGCUAUCAGAAGUAUUUGAGCAUUGGAAAAUGGUAAAUGAUGCUUUGAACGCAAAAAGAAAAGUACUUAAAACCGAAAACCCCGACGACUAUGUAAUGAACGCGGUAGAGUUCUUGUUGCUCAUGAUAGAAAUCAAACCAGAAGGCUAUGGUCUGAACCAAGCACAAAUAGAAAUGUUUGGCAAUUUGUACGAAGCACAUAAGACAUCCGAUGGCAUUGAUCCUGUGGAAAGUGAAAAAGUGUUCAAUGAGCUUGGUAUAAGCAUAAACGACGAAUUGAGACAGCUGUUUAAAUCCACCGGACCCGCUGAAGUGUUGUUGAUUGAUCUAAUCGUCGCUGCGGCAGAACGCAAUAAGGCGACCGAGGAAAAUGAGUGGAAACUGUUAAGUCCAAGCGAGGUCGUGUUUUACGUAAACCAAUUCAAUGAAAUCGACGAUGACAACGACGGUUUAGUGUCUCUCGAUGAGUACGCCGACUUCAUGAAUAUGUUAGAAAAAGUUUUGGCAAAUAACCUACCAGAAGCUAUCGAAAAAAUGCAAGAUUAUUUAAAGAGUUUCUACAGUAUAAAAACAAUAAACGUUGUGGUGCACAUGGAAUAUGUAUUGUUCAUGACAAAACACAUUUUCGAAUAUUAUGUUACGCUUGAAGAAGAUGACAUCGUUGGUGAUAACUCACAAGCUUAAGCAAUAGUAAUCGGACCUGUUGAAUAACCAUAAUGAUAAUAAUAUUAUUUUAAAUAUUUAUUUGUGUGUAUUAAUUGAAAUAUUACGCUUCUCCGUGUCUAAUGACAAAAACAAAUUAUUAUCUGAUUUCUAUUGAUUGAUAAUUACAAACGAAAAAACACACACAGUAAAUUUCACAGAAAAAAUAAACACAUACAUUAAAAAGUUCAUGAAAUGUAUGCACUUUUGAAACUUUUGUAACGAUAUCAAUCUAUACAGAACAUAUUAGCAUACUUGGGUCACAUAUAUUCUUAAAUCCUAAUGCGAUGUCAUCACAAUUAAACGCUUCGAUGUGAAAGUGGUAAGAGUCCAGUACAUUUUAAACCAGCACAGUCUGAACCAGCUAUUUUGUGUUUUUAAAUAUUUUAACUAUUUUCUGGCAUGGGUCAUUGUAAAUUUGUAAAAAUAUUCAAAUUUGUAUUAAAUUAU